AUGUUUACAUCUAGAUCUGGUUGCAGAGGCCAGUAUAUUGUGUUGUCUGAGGAAGGGAGUGGAGGUAACGGCAUUGUUCACAAGUGUCAGACAGUUAUAGUAAAUGGAGACCACCUAGAGACACGGGAAUUUGUGAGGAAAAGGAUGCCAAUCAGUACAUUCCAUGAGCAGGAAGCUAGGGUGUACAUUGACUAUGGGGCACAACUUCCCCGGACUCUUGAAUUCCUGGGGAUAGUUAGAAAUAUGAACCAUGUUGACAUGUUUCUACAGUAUGCAGCAGGAGGAUCCCUAGCUCAGUGGAUACAGAGAUGUCCCAUUCUAGAGACAGUAGACAGUGUUGGCCGAGACAUUAUCUAUAACCAGAUGAUUAGUAUCAUAUACCAUCUACUGUGUUGCACUUCAGACUUCAACAAGCUGAAACUUGCACACUGUGACAUCAAAGCUUGGAACGUCCUGUUUACAACUAAAGAUUGCAAAGGAAGCUCUGUGGUCCUGGCAGAUACAGGAACAACCAAGGUUUGGCAGGACGUACAGCACUAUGGUAUACAUAAACUAGAUGGAACCGUGAUCUUCUGUUCACCGGAGUGCGAGGAGGUGUAUGCAUGCCCAGAGGAUUUUCUGGACCUUGAGUUGUGCGACGCUUGGGAAGUAGGAGCCAUCAUAUACCACAUCCUGACUAGGCAGUACCUGUGGGUAGAGGAAAAACACAGGUUUAGAAGGAUAUAUGCAGAAAACUGGCACAAACCUAUGAGAAACUAUAUUAUGUCCGAGGGUUGGAGGGUCUGCGAGCGAAUUAAUGAUAUUGAUCAAUCUCAGCACCGCCUCAUCUCCCCACUAGUGAUGGUGCUAUCUUGCCUGCUGGAGUAUGAUGCUUCUCUGAGGAAAACAGCAUCUGAAGUGCUGGAAUUACCUUUGUUUUCGGGAACUAGACAAAACCAAAUUCCGAGUACUGCAACAGAGCUAGAGGACCCAUGCGAUGAAGUGAUUUUCUCAAUACCACAGUACACCAGGCCAGGGAAGGGUAGACGUUUCCCAGAGAAUCCAUAUUCAAAACUUGUUGUGAUGUUUGGACAUACUCCCAUCUACAUCAAGUAUUUCAAAACGAUUGAGGGAUUCCAUUUACAUCACCUUGCCACCAAUUCUGAAUUCCAGAAACAGUUGGAGUUACAUGUUCCAAAUUUUGAGAAUGGAUAUAGCCUUGUGUGUCAUACAUGGGAUACAAUUAAAAGGCUGUUUGUUUUAAUGAAUGUUGGAAACAUUCACCAGGAUACCUAUGUGUACCUUACAACAACCUAACCAAGACCACAGCAACAUGGAAGAGACACCAUGACCAAUCUAUUGAAAACCACCAGCAUGAUCAUAACCAGACAGUUCAAAGCCAUUCUUUUGCAAAAAUCCACUGGCAUAUGCAUGGCUAAAAAAAUAUUGAGGCAUGCAGUUGAAAAUUACAUGCAAAAUAUCUUAACUGCACUGGCAUAUAGACACCAAAAAAAAGACAGUUUAAUUCUUAAAUAACCCUUUAUAUAUUCAACACAGUACAACUACGGCAGGAAAUUCAAAUCUUUAUCUUCGGCUCACCAACACAUAGUGCAUAUAUUUUGCUAAUUAUUGGAUAUAUAGCACAGUAACACAAUUGACGAAGGAAAACCAGUUAACGACUUGUGUCCUAACUGGGCCUCGAACUCACGAAGUACAGCACCCAAGCACCUAGCCAGAAAUACUGACAGCUUAUACCGCUGCGCCACAUCGCUGUGCUUAAAAAAAAGAGGAGGUCACCAUUAUGGUUGGGCAAGUGACCCUCUGUGGAUUAAACCUAGACUGGCCACCAGUGACCCUCUGUGGAUUAAACCUAGACUGGCUACCAACACCCUAAGUUGUUUUGUUCAGAAUUUCCAAGCUAAAUUUUAAUACUAGAUUAUCUGCCCCUAGUUGGAACUUAGAAUCAGACAUAUCCAAGAGACCAAAAUCAUAAAGCUCAAUUUAAUUUAUAAUUUUAAUAUUCUAGAGACAGGGGGCCAGUCUAGAUUAAACCCUAAAGGCCUAUUAUAGGUGAACAUCAACAAGUGUGUGCCACUAGCUGCAAAAAAGCAGUAGAUUCCUUAUACACUGUAUGACAUGUAUAAAUGGAACUUUUCUUCUUGACAUGUUAGUUUAGAAGAACAGUAUAGACCUGUUCCAAAUGAUGAUUGAAGUGUUCCUGGCAUACAGAUGUUAAAUGUGAAUUUAUGAUUAUCAUUAUCAUUUUUUUUAAUAAAUUGAUUUUAAUCUGAGUUAAAAAGGACAAUUCAUGAGGAGUUUCAUAUUCACCUUACACUGUAUAUAUAUGACACUGACAAAAUUGACUUAAUUUUGAUGAAUUUGUAUUUAUCUAAAAAACAUGUGGUAUUUCAUUAUCAGAAUUAUUUUUGUCACAAUAAUUAUUACAGAAAAAUUAUGUCAUGUUUGAGAUCAAAUGAUACAGUAAGUGGUUUUUUUGAAAUUGUUGUGUUUGGAGUCUGAUUACCUCCCUUCCAUUGCUGGUACCUGAGGAGAUGGGAUAGUAACAUACCUAUAUUGUGUUUGGAGUCUGAUUACCUCCCUUCCAUUGCUGGUACCUGAGGAGAUGGGAUAGUAACAUACCUAUAUUGUGUUUUGAGUGUUGUACAUUUUCAAACAGUCAAUUUUAUUUAAGAUUAAACUAUAUAUAUAUAUUGAAAUUUAUUGGAGGUGAUAAAUUAAGAGGUAAUAAAUGUAUAUCUGAAUUGUACAUUGAUAUGUCUAUUAAAUUAAUAUUGAUAAACUGAUGUGUAUAAUAAUUAAGUUGAUAAGUGUAAAUUGAUAUUGGUAAACUGAUGUGUAUAAUAAGUAAGUUGAUAAGUGUAAAUUGAUAUUGGUAAACUGAUGUGUAGAUACAAGGGUUGAUUGAUGUGAACAUCAUAUUAAAGGAGGUACUUAAGGAUACUUUUUUUAAGUCCUACUAUUCUCCGACUAUAUAAGACUGAGGUAGCACUUUAAAGUAAACAAGACAAGCGGCUGCAGCUUUUGCAAAAUGGACAAAAUUGGUAAGGGUUAGGGUGAAAGAGUCUGUCAUUGCCAUAGCUGCCAUUCAUGAUUGUGGCUUUAAAAUGAUUGAGCAUCCACCUUAUUCACCUGAUCUCACUCCAUCAGACUUUCAUCUAUUUCCGAAACUGAAUACAGCUUCAAUUUCAGACACACUUACCCUGACAUGCAGUGGAUGACUUUCAGAACAGUGGCAUUGAGGCCCAUAAACACUACUGGCAAAAGUGUAUAUCGACACUGAAGGGGUUUAUGUUAAAAAAAUAAUACAAUAUGUCCGGCAAAGUUCAAAUCCUUCAAUAUGAGGCUCAUAACUUAUUAAUCAGCCCUUGUACAUAUUGAAACUGUGUAAAUUGAUAUUGGUAAAUUGAUGUGUAAAUACAUAUUUAAACUUAGUUGAUACAGUCGUCCAACCGGUUAUGACAAAUUUCUAGGGACCACUUAAAUGCUUUCGUCCUAUAUGGGUCGCAUGCAUGCACAACACUUGUACACUACGCAUACACAGUUUUCAAAUCAUCAUCAUCAUCAUCAUCAUCAUCAUCAUCACUCACAUAGUUGAGGAGCUCUGCUCCUUUCAUAGAAAUUGAUAAUGUUGGCCUCAGUAAUCUCUUCUGAUGUGACAUUACUGCUGUCAUUAUCAAGAUAUUGCUCAGCCUUGUUUUUAUUGUGAAGAGAAGACAUAACCCGCCUUCCCAAUGCACUUGUUGAUAGAAUGUGCCGACACAAUAUGACAUGCUUUCACAUGACAGUCAAUUGCAUCGUGUACAUUGGCACUGAAAUCUUUGUUCCUUUGGUACAUGACAAAGGUUAUGAAAUAUGUGGGUUUAUAUCAGUACAAAGUGUUCAAGCAACUGUGGUACGUUAGUGUACUCAAUACCCAGGUUUUUGUCAUAACCGAUUCAUAUUAAGUGGAUAAACAAUAUAAGAAUAAUGAACGCAAUUUGCAGGGGAUUUAAUUUUCAUUUGUAUUAAGUGAGUUUUUGUAUUAUCAGAGUUUGUAUUAAGUGAGCUUUUGUAUUAUCAGAGCUUGUAUUAAGUGGGAUGGACUGUAUAUGUGUAAAUUGAUAUUGGUAAAAUUAAUGUGUAAAUACAUAUUUAAACCAUGUAGGUUGAACUAAAGGUUGUGUUUCAAAUGUUUAUAGUGUUGACGACAAAAAGUAAUAAAACUUGUAUGAUA